AUGAUCUUUCUGGGUCUUAGCUCAUGUUAUCUUCUAUAUUUGCAUAUUAGAACACACGCUAUCAGGAGAGCUCAUGAGAAUAUUGAUAAGACAUUGAAGGCAUCAGAAGUUAUAUUGUCUCAAUUUGAUAUUUCUCGUCAGGUAGAGUCUAAGAUACUUAGAAGUCCGCAUGAAGACUUGGAAAGCUACCUUGAAGCGAUCCAACAACUAAAGAGCAAUAUUAGCUUCUUCAGCAACAACAAAAGUUUUAAGAGCAGUGAUGGUGUAAUUAAUCAUUCAAAUAAUUUACUUGCUAAAGCUCUAUCAAAGUUAGAACAAGAAUUUGAGCAAAUCAUGUCAUCUUAUAGGUGUGUUGUUCUCUUCAUAUACUGUUGCCCUUUCUAUCACUGCAAUUUCAUCCAUCGUUAUUUCACAUAG